CACCAAGUAAAGACAACAGAAGGAAUAUGGACGUAAAUAAAAGACAGGAGGAUGUCGGCUCCAUGGAUCUGUUAGAGGAUGACGAACUGAGUGAAGCUCUCGCCGUUUUGGCUGGAAGUGAUCCGGAUAAGUGUUCAUAUCCUCGGGGAUAUGUGAAGCGACAGGCAGUAUUUGCUUGCAGUACUUGCACAGGUGAGGGCAUGGAGCCUGCUGGAGUCUGCCUUGCCUGUGCUAACACCUGCCAUGAUGGCCACCACAUCUAUGAACUGUACACAAAAAGGAACUUUUGCUGUGAUUGUGGUAACAGCAAGUUUGGCUCAUUUAAGUGCAAACUGAUCCCUGAAAAAGAGGGACAAAACACCAAGAAUGUUUACAAUCACAAUUUCUUUGGCCGUUACUGCUCUUGUGACAGACCUUAUCCUGAUGAAGAUGAUGAGGUUGGUGAAGCAAUGAUUCAGUGUAUUCUUUGUGAAGACUGGUACCACUCAAAGCAUCUGGGUUGUGCGGUUGUGGACUCGGAGGAGUUACUGGAGAUGGUGUGUGAGAGUUGUAUGAACAGAGCUCCCUUCCUUUGGACGUAUGCUGCCUAUUUUGCAUGCCCUCCAGUAACCAACCUGAGUAUCUGUAGAGAGGAUGAGGAUGAUCCUGUAGCAGGAAAUAAAGAAGAGAAAGAUGCAGUGUUACCUUCAUGCAGCAAUGGCCAUGAUGAGCCCUCCACAAGUAAAGGCUGUCAGAAGGAAGCAACGCUCACUAGUAAUGGAAUUAAAGCUGUAAACCUCAAGAGGACACGUGAGGAGAUGGAGCGGUGUCCUUCUGUGUGCCAGUCUGAAACUGCACCGUGCAAACUGAAAGAGUUAAAGGCAAAAAGCUUGGUGAGGCCAAUGGUGGGGGCAGUUUUCUGGCCAUAUGACUGGCGGAUCAAGCUUUGCACUUGCACAAACUGCAAGAGAUCUUAUGUGGAAGCUGGUGUCCAAUUCCUGAUGGAUGAAUCAGACACUGUGCUUGCAUAUGAGAAUCAGGGUGAGGCAUUGCUAGAAGAAGACCUGCUCAGGUCCUGCCUCCGUUCCCUGGACCAUGUCCAGCAGCUGGAGGUCAUUUACCAGUACAAUGAUAUGAAAGCAGAGCUACGCGUGUUCCUUCAGCAGUUUGCUGACCAGGGAAAGGAUUUGACCCCUGAGGCUAUCCACAUGUUUUUUGAAGAGCUUCAGUCAAAGAAAAAGAGACGGACCAGUGCAGGGCAGUAUUAUUGCAGCUGAUCCGCUAUGGAUGGCCAUCCCUGCAUUCCACUUUCUUCUUUUCUUAACAUACUUGCAAUUGCUUCAAGUGUUAAUGUCAAGCUGCUAAUGUGUAUUGCACACCACACCCUGUCUAACAUGGGAGGAGUGGACAUUAGUGGAUGUCCACAUUAAGACUAAUGUACAAGGUGGUCAAUAAAACUAGGACUGACUGUGAGGGACUAGACUUUUUACAAGGUAGCAAUUUGAAGGUUCAAUCUAAGCAUCAAUUACUAUGCUUUCCUCGGCAUGGAUAAUUAAAUACAGUUUUGAAAUGCAUGUUUCUUCCUGUCAUUAUAGUAGUCAAAACAUAUGUACAAAAUAAAUGAGUCGUCACCCAUCAACAUACUCAAAAUAAAAAUACAACAAUAUAUUUUUAAAGCAAGUUUAUUCUAAGGAUGC